GACUGGAAAGCUGCCUUUCCCAUGGUCAUCUGACAAACGGGCACAUCGGCUGUGUGUUUCGGUUGAGGCAGGACUGUAGUAGGUGUGUCUGAGGAUAACAUGCUGAAUAUAUUUAAAUACGCUUGGUAGCAGGAUGGCGUGAAAGAGCUGCACUGAAAGAAAGACAGCAGAGACACGCACGUUCCACAACAGUGUGAGAGAGGAAAGGCACACUUCUGACGGCAUUUCACAGCAUGGAUUUUGGUAUUAAAACGCAUACCGGAAUGUUGGCAUUGAUGGCAACGCUUCUUUGUUGCCUGAGUGGGGCAAUUGGUAAAGAUAAUUGUGAUGGUCCGCUGGUCUCUGCCCUGCCUCAGACGUCAUUCAACAGCUCGUCCCAGCUGUCCAGUACUCAUAGCCCUGGAUUUGCUAAACUAAACAGGAGAGAUGGUGCUGGGGGCUGGUCACCAUUGGAGUCUGACAAAUAUCAAUGGCUUGAAAUUGAUCUGGGAGAAAGGACUGAGGUAACAGCCAUUGCCACACAGGGGAGAUAUGGGAGCUCAGACUGGGUGACCAGUUAUCUCCUAAUGUUCAGUGAUACAGGCAGAAACUGGAAACAGUAUUGGCAAGAGGACAGUAUUUGGGCAUUUUCAGGGAACACAAAUGCUGACAGUGUCGUCCAGCACAAACUGCAGCAGCCUGUAAUAGCUCGGUUCCUACGUGUCCUUCCUCUGGAAUGGAACUCAAAUGGAAGGGUAGGAAUGAGGCUAGAGGUCUACGGAUGCCUAUACAAGUCUGAUGUGGCAAGUUUUGAUGGCAGCAGCUCAUUGCUCUACAGGUUCAGUCAAAAUUCAAGUCAAACAGCCAAAGAUGUGAUAUCCAUGCAGUUCAAAGCACUGCAGAACUCUGGAAUUAUCAUGCAUGGCGAAGGACAUGGAGGACACAGCCUGACACUUGAGCUACACAAAGGAAAGCUCUUACUUCAUAUCAAAACAGGCAAAACAAGGUCCAUGUUUCCGGAGAACCAAAACGUGGUGACACUGGGAAGCCUGCUUGAUGACCAACACUGGCACUCUGUGGUUAUUGAACGAGUUCACAGACACAUUAACUUCACUGUGGACAAGAGCACACGUCAGUUUGAAAUAAAUGGAGACUUCAGUCACUCUGAUAUUGAUAAUGAGCUUAGCUUUGGAGGCGUCCCAGGCCAUGGGAAAUCAAGAACAUUUUCUAAGAGAAACUUCCAUGGGUGCCUGGAGAACUUGCUCUAUAAUGAUGUCAAUGUGAUAGAUCUUGCAAAACUCAAGCACCACGUAACAGCCUCGGGAAAUGUUACAUUUGCUUGCUCUGAGCCUGCUGACGUUCCAGUGACAUUCCUAGGCUCUGAGAGCUACCUGCAGUUGCCAGGGCCUCUUCAGAAGGAGAGUUUGUCAGUCAGCCUGCAUUUCAGGACUUGGAACAAAGCAGGUCUUCUGAUGACUACUGAAAUGCAUCAGCAUGCAGGAAGCUUGUGGCUUUACCUCAGUGAGGGCAAAGUCAAAUUACAAAUUUCUAAGGCUGGGAGAAUUUUGGCCGAUGCUACAACAGGGUCUGGCUUAAAUGACGGACAAUGGCAUUCUCUGGAACUAAAUGCAAAGAGAGGACGUGUAAGCUUAACCGUGGACAAAGAGGCAGGGUCUGCUGCACAUGCAAGUUCACCUUUCCAUGUUGCUUCUGGCAACAAUUUAUUUUUUGGAGGUUGUCCUGAAAACAAAAAUAACCAAAAUUGUAGAAACCCAUUCAACAGUUUUCAAGGAUGUAUGCAGCUAAUAUAUGUCGACAAUAUUGCUGUGGACUUAAUCAAGGUGCAACAGAGAAUCAUGGGUAAUUUCAGUGACUUGCAAAUGGACUUAUGUGGGAUCAUUGAUAGAUGCUCUCCCAGCUACUGCGAACAUGGAGGAAAAUGCACACAGUCCUGGAACACAUUCUACUGCAAUUGCUCCAACUCAGGCUACAUUGGAGCAACAUGUCACAGCUCAAUUUAUGAGCGGUCCUGCGAAGCUUACAAACAUAAGGGUAAUGCAUCUGGGCUUUAUUACAUCGACCUGGAUGGAAGUGGCCCCCUCAGCCCACUGCUAGUCAAGUGCAACAUGACAGAAAAGACGUGGAUGGUGAUUCAGCACAAUAACACGGAGCUGACCAAACUAAAAUCAUCUGGUGGGAAAGAUCAGCACUUAGCUUAUUUUAACUAUUCCGCUAACACGGAGCAGCUCCAGGCGAUAAUUAACCAAGCACAGCACUGCGAACAGGAAGUCUCCUACCACUGCAAAAAGUCACGGCUCUUAAACACACCAGAUGGUGAUCCGUUCACCUGGUGGGUGGGCAGGACAGGCGAGGCACACGCCUACUGGGGCGGAGCAAAGCCCGGAACUCAGAAAUGCUCCUGCGGACUGGAGGAGAGCUGCAUUGACUCCAGUCACUACUGCAACUGUGAUGCGGACAGGAGAGAAUGGACAAAUGAUUCAGGCCCACUGUCAUUUAAAGACCAUUUGCCUGUCACUGAAAUAUCUUUCGGUGACAUAAACAGAGCGGAAUCAGAGGCAGCUUACAAAGUUGGCCAUCUACAGUGCUAUGGUGACAAGAAUUUUUGGAAUGCAGCCUUUUUCAACAAGGAGACCUCCUAUCUCCACUUCCCUACGUUCCAGGGAGAGCUGAGUGCUGACAUAUCCUUUUUAUUCAAGACCACAGCAACAUCUGGUGUCUUCAUGGAAAAUCUGGGAAUUAAAGAUUUCAUACGGAUUGAACUCAGCUCCCCAUCUGAAGUGGUGUUUUCUUAUGAUGUGGGAAAUGGGCCUUUUGAAGUGAGAGUGGAGGCGCCCACGCCACUAAACAACAACCAGUGGCACUCUGUGAAAGCGGAGCGGAACGUAAAGGAAGCCAUGCUGCGGGUGGAUCGGCUGCCGAGUAGGACACAGAAGGCUCCUACAGAUGGACAUAUUCAUCUGCAGCUCAACAGCCAAUUAUUUGUAGGAGGCACUGCUUCAAGACAGAAAGGCUUUCUUGGAUGCAUUCGUUCUUUAGAACUAAAUGGGAUAACACUGGAUCUUGAAGAGCGGGCCAAAAUCACCCCUGGAGUCAAACCAGGUUGCCCCGGGCACUGCAGCAGCUAUGGCAGCCUUUGUCAGAAUGGGGGGAGAUGUGUGGAGAAAUACAAUGGAUUCUCAUGCGACUGCAGCUUGUCUGCUUUUAUGGGACCCUUCUGCCAAAAAGAGGUGUCUGCUUACUUUAAACCUGGGACGUCCGUGGCGUACACUUUUAAGGAGCCAUAUGAACUGACUAAAAAUGCAAGUGUUCAGUCAUCCUCCAUGUACUCUGACGUAACACUUCGAGGCGAGCACAUUGCGUUUAGCUUCCGCACAUCCCAGGCUCCAGCGCUGCUCCUGUAUGCUAACUCCUACUAUAGGGAGUACCUUGCAGUCCUUCUCAACAGAAACGGUCAUUUGGACGUCAAGUACAAAUUGCAGAAUAACAAAGAUGCAGAGGUAUUCAGGAUGAAUAUGAGAAACCUGGCCAAUGGCCAGCUCCAUAAAGUGAACAUUAAGAGGCAAGCGGACAUUCUCCAUGUUCAGGUUGACCAGUAUGCGAGAGAGGAAUUCAAUUUGACAUCCGACAUGGAAUUCAAUGCAAUAAAGUCUGUCAUUCUCGGAAAAGUUUAUGAGAGUGGUGAGCUGGACCCAGAGGUAGCCAGGGUCAACUCGCUGGGCUUCAGUGGCUGCCUCUCAGCAGUGCAGUUCAACAGCAUCACCCCUCUGAAAGCCGCCCUGCUCUACCCUAGCAGCAGCCCUGUGAUUGUUAAGGGGCAACUCGGAGAAUCACAUUGCGGGGCCUCCUCGCCAUCCAAUCCUUUCGCAGUGGAGACCACACACUCACUCUCAGAUCAAUCUGGUACAAUAGAUACCGGUGAGCCGAUAGUCAAUGCAGUCAGGAGUGACUCAGCUCUGAUCGGAGGUGUUAUUGCGGUCAUGAUAUUUAUCAUUCUCUGCGUCCUGGCAAUAAUAGCAAGAUUUCUCUAUCGACGAAAGGAGUCCUUUCAGAGCAGAGAAGCCAAGGGAGACAAGUCUGACGAUAGCCCAGAUUUUCCUUUCAACAACGAUCCCAACUCACAGAACGUAUUGAGUGAACACCAAAAGGAAUACUUCAUUUAAAAGACUCUUCCUUUACCUCAGCACUCCGCUUCACAAUCAAGAUAAACUGAGGAUACAAAUGCCUUGCCAAGUCUAAAGACGUUAACAUUCAUUGUGCAUUACUGCAUAAGCCCUACACAAUUGUCAAUGGUGGUUAAUUGAGAUGUGGAAAAAUUUUAAUGGUUGAUAUUUUUUGUAUAUAUUUAAUACAGCUUGUCUGGUAGACAUGAAAAAAAAGAAAAUACUGACUUUCAUUGAUUGUAAAUACUCUUUAAAUUGUACAUGUUGAAUUAAUGUCUGUAUAACAAUUAACAUCUUAUAUUCCCCUAAAACCAUUGUUCAUUAUGUUUAAUUAAAAGACAUUAUGCAUAAAAUAUUGAGUACUUGGACAUAGUCUAACACUAUCAGAUGAAAAAUAAAUGUUUGAAGUGUUGAGUGAAGUGGAUUUUGAUAUUAUGAUGUUUCUGAAAGUGCAGCUAAUUAAUACCAAGGUUGGAUGUGUGUGUGUUUGGUAUCCACCAUACAUACUUUUUCAUCUGCUAAUUUAGGUGCACUGUAGAGCACAGCCUGUCCUGAGAUGCAUGUGGACACAACUUACAACAGCCAACAAGAGUACCAAAUGGUCUGUUGUAAAAUAUGUAGACCUUUGACAUGUGACAGUUGACUUCCAUAAACUGAGACCCCCAGAUCAGGCAGGUAAUGUCAGUGCAUUACAGGCUCAAUAUACAGGACCAAUGAAGAAGAAAAAAAAAAAAAAACAGACAAUUUGACAGUUGGUAUGAUGUCUAAAAAAUAAUAAAUAUAAAAACAUGGAUACUGGAUAUUUAAUAAUGAUACUGUUUCAUAAGCCAUUUCUUAUUUAUGAAAUAGUUCUUAUUUAUAUAAUUUUAUUUAGCACAGAACAAACUGUAAUUUCAUUCUGAAAGUUGGCAUCAUGUUUAGGAUGUCAUUUAUUAUUACUUAAAAGUAUAAUUCCCUCUGAGACAUAGGUCAAUUCUGAAUGUGAGACUUGCAUCCUUUCCCUUGCACUUACCCCUUCAUUUUGCAUAAUGCACAUGUGAAUCUACCAUAUUGUGGCUGUCUCAAAGUUUAGGAAGUUAAUUUAAAGAGCUUUUUUAAGCAUUUAUUCAUCCACUUAGUCAGUAACUUUCCUGGGGAAGAAGGGUACACUGUAAUUCUGGAAGCAGGAAGUCCAAGAGUGACCAAAAGCUGACAAUGGUAUGUAACUUCUUUGCUCAUACAACCUCACCUGGUGUGGUAAAUUAUUAGUGAAUGUUGCCUCGGCAGGUUUGUGUUUACAGUGCUUAUUACAGUGUCACGCUGCUGGAGAUGUGAUGGGACAGUCUUGGGAGUAUUUCAGUGGUGCAGGAAGUGAGAUGUGCUGAAUUUACUGUGCUAAUGUAAAGUAAAUCAGGCUUUGGGUGUCAGUUACAUUUGACUGACAUUGUAUGAGAGUGUAUCGUCAUGGUGACCUUUCAACAGGACAGGUCUUGUGUCAAGCAGAAGCUUCGUUAAGACCUAAAAGGAAGAACUGCCAUGCAUUUGACUAGAUCCAGUGAUUCUGCUGUAUUCCAAAAAUGCUAAAUUCUAUAUUCUACAACACGGAUCCAACCAGCAAAGUAAUUUGAUGAUAAAUGAUCUGUGUGAGGAACUUUGAUGGUAAUCAAGGAAGUGCUGUAAAGUACAAGUAUGGAUGGUCCAAUACAAAAUAAAUGUCUGUUAAUUAA